CACAUCUGCUAGACGUUACGAUGUCGUUAGGUUCAGGCACGAGAAGCGCGGACUGGUUAGGGUUAGCCAAUCAGAGGCAGAAUAAGACGAAAUAAGGCGGGCCACGAGGCACAUCAUGUGACGUCUUGUGGAUCCAAUCUAGCAUCGACCAGUCAGCGGGUUGUGUCCAGAUGGUAGCUCAUUGAAAUAGACAACAACGUAGAAGAUAAACUGUCGGAGAGCAAGAGGGCUGAAAAGUGCUGAUGGGAAGACAAUAACUUCAAGGACAUUAACUUUCCCCAUUAAGCCAGUGACAUGAGUUCUUCAGAAGAGUUGAAACAGACUGACAGCGACAGGAGCCGACCUCAUCAGUGUCAGGAAUGUGGGAAAGGUUUCAGUCGGAUCUGCAGCCUGAAAAGACAUGAGCUCACUCACUCCGCGGAGAAACUGUUCCACUGUGAACAGUGUGACCGCAGUUUCAGCCAACUAAAGAAAUACACGCUCCACCUGCACAGCCACACUGAAGACGAAGCCUCUUACUGUGAACAGUGCGGGAGGCACUUCAGCAACCAGAGUUCAUACAAGAAGCACCUGCGGGACCACACCGGCCCCUACCAGUGUGACCAGUGUGACAAGACUUUCAGUUACUUCAGUAUCUACAAGAUCCACAUGCGUGUCCACACUAAAGAGAAGCCAUACUGCUGCGACCAGUGUCCCAAGAGCUUUAGUUUUUUAAGUUCGUACAAACGACACCAGCUGAGCCACAGCGGAGAGAAGCCGUACCAGUGUGACUUCUGUGGGAAGAGUUUCACCCAGUCGGGCCAUUUCAGUCUGCAUCUGCGCAACCACACUGGAGAGAAACCGUUUGAGUGUGGCCAAUGUGAAAAGAGUUUCAGUGACUUAAGUAGUUACAAGAUCCACCUGCGUGUCCACUCAGGAGAGAAACCAUACCGCUGUAACCAGUGUGGCAGGAGCUUCUCUCAGUUGGGCAAUUAUAAAUCCCAUUUGCGGAUUCACACCGGGGAAAAACCAUUCCGCUGUGAACUCUGUGAGAAAAGCUUCUCCAUUUCAAAAACGUACAAACAGCAUGUGCGCACCCACACCGGAGAGAAACCGCACCAGUGCAAAGACUGUGGGAAAGGUUUUGGUCGCCUGAGUAACUACAUGCGUCACCUUCGUAUCCACACUGGAGAGCAGCCGUUCAGCUGUGACCAAUGUGGGAAAUGUUUCAACAGUUCCUAUAGUUACAGCAGACACCUGCGUGUGCACACCGGCGAGAAACCUUACUGGUGUUCACAGUGUAAGAGACUGUUCACCCGGUCCCAGUCCUUAAAGAAACACCGCUGUGUUGCAAUAGAUGAAGAAGCACCGCUAAGCUGCUCGCCAGCAGCAGCAACACACGACGACGACGAUGACCAACAACAACCAACAAAAUAAACUACUACUAUAUUAUACCAUACUGUGUGUGUGUUUGUUAGAGCUGCCAAUCUUCCUCUAUAAUACCAUUCGAAUUUCAUGUUAUUUUUUAAUAUUUGAAUAUUUAAUGCCUAUGUGCAGUCUGUUAUAUGUUCUACACUACUCUUUUUGUCAAGGAUACUACAAGCAUGUGGUUGUAGUUCCACGCUCUGUCCACUAGAGGGACGUCUAACAGCAGCCUGGCCUUGCAGGGGACCUAUGUCACAGUGCAUUGCAUUUCUGGCACGCCGCUCUCGCUUUACAUUAUAUUCCACCACGACAACACAAAUCAACAGAACUCUGUGAUGAAAUGUUAUCUUACAAGUGUAAUAAAGCGUUUCUGUUGUAAGGCUAACGUUGCUUGGUUAGCACAAUGACGUGCUAACCGAGUGACCGACGUGAUUCUAAAAAGCACAGCCAAAACGGUUUGUUUUUAACUAGGUAACAAUAGUGUUAGCCACAAUGCUAAUGGCAUUCAUAACUAAGCCAGACGUUGCUUUCACUACUAUUUUAUUGAUUUAAUAAGCGACCUGUUUCUUGCACAUUGUCACAUUACUGAGAACAGAGCUGUUAGAAGGUAAUAUAUGACGUUGAAGCUAACUCUGACAGCUGUAGGGCAACUGACGUUAACUUUAGCUGUCUCCAUAAAGCUCCCAGCUAAGCUAACGCUGACAGCUGUAGAGCAGCUAACGUUAACUUUAGCUGUCUCCAUUAAGCUCCCAGCUAACGCUGACAGCUGUAGAGCAGCUAACAUUAACGUUAGCUGUCUCCAUAAAGCUCCCAGCUAAGCUCCUAGAACUUGCAAAGCAGUUAGGAAACCAGAAUGAGCUAUCUAUUGAUAGCAUAAGCAUUUUGGCUAGGUGGGUGGUUUUUAAAAGUCCUAUUAAAAAUAUUUCCCAUCCUCCUUCCAAUUUCCAGCUGCAACCUGUCACUCCCCCUGUCCUAACGUUACUCGGUACGUAACGUUAGCUCACAAUGCCUUGUGUUUCUCACUCCUGUAAAUUAGUAUUCAUCAGACCUGACAUGACAAGAGGGAGAUUAGCUUAUGUUAGCCAACCUAUUUAUAAAACAAAUCUCAUUCAAAUUGUAAUUUCAGUAUUCAGACAGCAUAGAUUUUUUUACUAUUCAAGUUGUAAUAGUUGGAGCAGUGAAAAGUGGAGCUCUUUGGCACAAAGGUAGAAGAGCCAUCAGGCUGUGGUUACUUACAUUGUACUUGAUAGAUACAUUCAUAGUUGGUUUGGGUCUCUUCAUGGGAGUCUUAGAUAUUGAGUAGAAACAUAAAAUACAUCACCAAGCUUAUCGUUUAACGUCUAAUUUAUAGACGCAAUCACACGUAUAUCCUAGUAGACCCCAGCUGCUUCAUACAAUUUAACGGCGCUCAUCAAAAGGGGGCAAGGGACAUAUAAGGGAUAGACUUUCCUCUCCUUUAUCUAAAAUGCAUGUUGGAUGCUUCAAAUUGAUGAUUUUGAGUAAUAUCUAUUUCUUUGUGAAAAGCCGGUGUUUACCAAUAACUGCUGAAGUUUGCUAGCCAGCUAGCUUGCUAAUGUCAUUCACACAGCUCAUAAUGUACUGCGUACUUUAUUAAAGGAGACCUUUUCUG